AUGAUUUUGGACACCGGCGUGGCACCAGGCCACCUCCGGCACGCGGCGGGGGGCGGGGCCGCCGCCCCGGGGGGGUUUCCCCGGGAUUCCCCCGCUGCCCAUGACGUCAGAGCCCCCGCCGGCGGGGGCGGGGAUCCCCCCGCGGACUCUCCGGAGCUGUGCCACGGCUACUAUGACGUCAUGGGUCAUUACGACGCGGCCUUUAAUUGCUCGACGGGCGCGUUCCGCUUCUGCUGCGGCACGUGCAGCCUGCGCUUCUGCUGCGAGCACCGCGGGCGCCGCCUGGAGCAGCGGCGCUGCACGAACGCGCGCAGCCCGCCCUGGGCGCGCACCGCACCCCCGCGGGGUGGCGGCGCUGGCGGGGGCGGCGCGGGCGGCGUCCCGUACCCCGGGCGGCCUGGGGCAGGGGGAACCGAACGGGGGGACACCGAGAGCCGGGCGGGGACCGAUCCAGGUGAGGGGACACCGGGGGACACGGGGCCAUGGGGAGGGGUCCCGUACGUGGUGUGCGGCGUGCUGAGCGUGGCGCUCGCCGUGGCCGUGGGAGCAAGGGCGGCCUGGGGCAGGGGGAACCGAGGGGCCGGACGCGGGCACAGGGACAUAAAUGUCCCCAGGGCUCUCGUGGACGCGCUGCGGCACCAGGCGGGGGGGGGAGGGGCGCGCCCCGAGCGCCGCAGCAGCUGCGGGGGGGUCCUGGCGCCCCCUCCCCCCGACUCGGGACCCCCCCGGCCCCCCAAAAACCUCUACGGGCCCGCAGAGAGCGGCUACGCCCACCUGGGCUUCGGGACCCCCGAGCACCGCGGGGCCACCCUGGACUGGCGGGUGCCCCCCCCCGCCCCCCUGAGCUGCUCCCGCUCCUUCCACAACCUCUCGCACCCGCCCCCCCCAGACCCGCCGGUGCCCGGCCUGCGGCGCCUGGCCCGCGGCCCUGGGUGA